UCAGGAGGCGACAGCACUGCGCGGGGCACCUUGCACCGCUAGCCGCUCUAACUAACUUCUUGUGAAAGCCACGUCUUAAAACUUAGACGGACAGUGUGUCUCCGGAGGAAAGAUCUGAACCUGAAGCUGAUUCCGUUUAACAAGCUGCAGCGUGAUCCACGAUGCUGUCCAAGUACCUUGGUAUUCUUUCCCUGGUUCUGGUCACCGUCCUAGCCGAGGAAAAGGACGUGCUGGAGCUCACCGACGAAACUUUCAGCCAUGAAUUAGAGCGGCUCGAGAACACGCUUGUUAUGUUUUAUGCGCCAUGGUGCGGUCACUGCAAACGCUUGAAGCCAGAAUAUGCCAAAGCUGCCGAGAUGCUGUUGGGUAACGACCCCUCCAUUACUCUUGCAAAAGUAGAUUGUACCGAAAGCGGGAAAGAGACUUGUACCAAGCAUUCUGUCAGCGGUUAUCCAACAUUGAAGAUCUUCUCCAAAGGAGACUUUGUUAGCGAUUACAAUGGACCCAGGGAAGCUGCUGGAAUUGCUAAGUACAUGAAGGCACAAGUUGGCCCAGCUUCGAAGGAACUAACUGGAGAAGAUUGUCUGAAAUCAUUCUUAGACUCUGACGAAGUUGGUUUCGUUGGUUUCUUCGAGAAGGAAGAUUCACCCUUGGCAACGUCUUUCCACACUGUGUCUAAGAAACUUAAAGAAAAAGUCAGAUUCGCACACACAACUGCUAAAUCACUUAUGGAGAAAGAAGGAUACAAGAACACUAUUGUUCUGUACCGACCAAAGAUCCUGCAGAAUAAGUUUGAACCGAACACCGUGAAACUCGAGGCUGGCAACUCGAUCACCGAUGUUCAAGAAUUUAUUACUAAAAAUUACUUUGGCAUUGCCGGAGUUCGCACAAGGGACAACGCCGGAGAAUUCAAGAAUCCUCUGGUAGUCUCUUAUUAUGCCGUCGACUAUGUGAAGAACCCGAAGGGUACCAAUUAUUGGCGCAACAGGAUCAUCAAGGUUGCAAAGGACUUCCCCAAACUGAAUUUCGCUAUUUCAUCGAAAGACGACUUCCAGCACGAACUGAACGACUUUGGAAUCGACUUUGUGAAGGGUGACAAACCCGUGGUAUUGGCUAAAAACGCGAAGAACCAGAAGUUCGUUAUGAAAGACGAGUUCUCGGUUGAUACGUUCGAAACGUUUUUGAAAGACCUUGAGGCAGACGCUUUGGAACCUUAUUUGAAAUCCGAAACUGUACCUGAAGAUAACAGUGGGUAUGUUAAAGUCGCAGUAGCGAAGAAUUUCGAUGAAGUUGUCACAAACAACGACAAAGAUACGUUGAUCGAGUUCUAUGCUCCUUGGUGCGGACAUUGCAAGAAGUUGGCGCCUGUCUACGAUGAGUUGGGUGAAAAACUUGCAGACGAAGACGUUGCGAUCGUUAAAUUCGAUGCUACUGCCAACGACGUCCCGGCGCCUUACGAGGUUGGCGGAUUCCCAACGCUCUUCUGGGCGCCGAAGGAUGCCAAAGAUAAGCCUGUUAAGUACGAGGGUGGAAGAGGACUCGACGAUUUCAUCAAAUACAUCGCCAAGCACGCAACUGACGAACUUAAAGGAUUUGAUCGAAAAGGCAAGUCGAUCAAGCCUAAGAACGAGGAAUUGUAAAUUUUCUUCUCAUAACAAAUACGUGAUAUGAUUGCUACAUUUUUAUAUAUAUACAAUAUAACUCUCAGCAGCAUCUGCAAUCAGAUUUUCCUUGUGAGACUUACGAGUGUGGCGAGAAGAGUGACAUUCAAUUAAAUGUAAGGAAUAAGAAUGUUUCUAGUUCCAGAGAUAGAGGUUUGAGUGAUACAGGGAGAUGUCCCCUUCUUCCUUUGAAUAAUGCGUGUCGAGUUCAAUUCUACGGAGUAUCUGAAUGCGAAGUGAAAUGUCGUUAGCAUAGGGAUCAUCAAUAUGUAUUAAUACGACUUUAUAAUAUUGUAUAUCGCGUCAAACUAUACAGAACUGAUUUAGAAUUAUCAUUGCAAUGUUUUCCAGAUUGGAUAGGUUUACAUCUAACAGUCGAUUCAUUCCAUUCUCUCGCAUUUUGACUACGGUAGGUUCUCGAGUUGAUGCAUAUAAUUUUGUUUAUACGAAAGAGAAAGAAGGAAGAAAUAAAAUGUUUUAUAUGAAA